AUGCUGAUCGGUAUAUGCGGUGGCAUAUGCGCAGGAAAACAUGCCAUCGCCGAGUAUCUUAUCCGCGAGCAAGGGUUUGAGCUCCUGCAAUUAGCAAACAAAAACCCGCUACAUAUAUCAAAUGAACCGAAAGAUCCAGUACGCCUAGAAGACUCCGAGAGGGGGGUCUUGCCGAGUCGUAAAGACGAACCAAUUUUCGAUACCGUCGAUUCGUUACUCGAGUUCGUCACAAAACAAUGGACAGGUCGCUGGGUGACGACGGAUAUCUGGGAUCACACAGCCUUAGACAGACUCCUCCAACGGCCAUUCUUCUUGCUCGUGAGUGUAGAUGCUCCGGUCAGCUUGAGAUGGCAACGGUUUCGAGAUAGAUGUACGCGCCAGAAAUUAAACCCACCAGAUCUUGAGGAAUUUGUCAUGUGGAACGACAGACAUCUAUACGACAGAGAAAUCGGCAGAGCCUAUCUCACAGAUAGAGCACAGGUCCGCUUAUUCAACGCUUCGUCAUCAUUAGAAGAGCUAUACGCAGCACUGAAGAACCUAGAUUUAUCGAACGAUGAGCGUCUACGACCGACGUGGGAUCAGUACUUUAUGCAACUGGCAUCACUAGCCGCACAGAGAAGUAAUUGCAUGAAGCGACGUGUAGGAUGUGUCAUUGUUAGAGACCGACGCGUUAUCAGCACUGGAUACAAUGGAACCCCACGCAACAUAACGAACUGUAAUGAGGGAGGAUGCCCUCGAUGCAAUCGUGGUGAGGGUGGAGGCGCCGGCCUGUCGACAUGCCUGUGUAUCCACGCCGAGGAGAACGCACUGCUGGAGGCUGGUAGGGAAAGAAUUAGAGAAGGCGCAAUCUUAUAUUGUGAUACGUGUCCUUGUCUGACAUGUACUGUCAAGAUAGCGCAAGUCGGCAUCUCCGAAGUCGUGUACUCGAAGAGCUACAACAUGGAUAAAGAGAGCGCGGCAAUUCUCAAAGCUGCUGGUGUCCAGCUCCGCCAAUUUUCUCCGCCCCCAAAUGGACUAACAUAUCUUCAACACCCUGGGCAGUCUAAGACACUGCCUAUUUUGUAA